AUGAUGAACCUCGUGUCCCUCGGCCUCCUCCUCUCCUCCCUCGCCGCCGCCGGCGUCUGGUCGCCGCACCCCGAAGCCAAGCCCAGCCUCCACCCCACACCCGAAGACAACGACCGCAUUCUCCGCGAAGGCCACCGCUUCAUUGUUGUCGAGUACGAGCGCCUGCAGGUCGACGACUCAUCCAGCACCCCCCACCGCCUCGUCGAUGACACAAGUGAUAAGACUCACCAGCCGAAGGCUUCCGUCCUCCCCACCGCCGAGCAAGCCGAGUCGUCGAGCCAACCGCAAGCGUCAGCUUCUGCUAAGAACCUCAUAUGCGACGCUUAUGGCGUGUGCAAGGAGAAGGUCUCCUCUCUCAUCGGAAAGGGAAAGGAGAAGGCCUACGAGAAAGCGGAGGAGUUUGACUUUGAGGAGACAGCGAAGGAGACUCUGAAGAAAUUCGAUGAGAAGGCUUCAGAGCUCAAAGAGAACGCCAAGAGCACAGUUCGCGACGCCGCCCAGAAACCGGAGCAGGUCAAGGAUGCUGUUAAAGAGACGACCUCCACGGCCAAGGAAAGCGCGAAGAAGGUGGUCGAGAGCUCCAUGGACAAGGCCAAAGAUGCCGGGUGGGAGCUAGCCCAAAAUAUGUCGGAGUUAGGCCACAAGAUAGAGCAAAAAGCCGAGAAGACGGCCGAGGAAGUGAGAGGCAACUUGACGGACAUACUCUGUAGAGCAAAGGGAGUGGCUUUCGACGCCGCGGCUUACCUCUGGGCGCUCGAGACCGGCAAGGCGACGGCCGCGAUACUUCACCUCCUCGGCUUCGCGACCGCCUAUGGAACCUGCAUCUGGGUGACCUUCGUCUCGAGCAACGUCCUGGCGGCGUCGCUGCCACGGCAGCAGUUCGGAACGGUGCAGAGCAAGCUGUAUCCGAUGUACUUCCGGGUGGUGGCGCACAGCAUCGCCCUGGCUUUAGCCGCUCACUUCCUCAGUCGCGACCACCGAAGAAUUCUGGCGGAGAGACUGCAGACUUACAACUUGCUUGCGGCUCUAGCGAUGGUGACGGCGAACAUGCUCGUCCUGGAGCCCAGAGCAACAAAGGUGAUGUUCCAAAGAAUGAAGGUAGAGAAGGGGGAAGGAAGGGGGAGAGACAUGGCGGAUGUGAUCUCUUCGGAGCCGGCUGCGAAAUCAAUAAAGGAGACUCCGAUGGUAGCGGCGGCGUCGAAGGUAGUUGGGGGCGAGCAGGGAGGCGUGAAGAGUGAAUUGGUGCAACUAAAUGGAAGACUAAGGAGGCUGAACAAUCACUCCUCGUUUCUGAACAUAUUGACACUGAUGAGCCUCUCAUGGCACUUAGUUCACUUGGCUCGGCAGUUGCAGCAGCAGAGGUGUUGA